GACCGCGCGGGCACUGGGUCAGACAUUGGAUCGUCUGACUGGACAGCGGGCAUCGGGUCACCAGGCAUCAAGUCAUUUGGCUCGACAGCGAGCACCGCGUCAUCUGGCAAGGCAGUGGGCUCCGAGUCAACAGGCACGACAGUGGGCACCGGGUCAUCAGGUACCGGAUUGUCUGGCUCGACAGCGGGCAUCGGGUCACCAGGUAUGACAGCGGGCACUGGGUCACCAGGCAUCAGGUCAUUUGGCUCGACAGCGGGCACCGCGUCAUCUGGCAAGGCAGUGGGCUCCGAGUCAACUGGUAUGACCGCGGGCACUGGGUCAGACAUUGGAUCGUCUGACUGGACAGCGGGCAUCGGGUCACCAGGCAUCAGGUCAUUUGGCUCGACAGCGGGCACCGUGUCAUCUAUCAAGGCAGUGGGCUCCAAGUCAACAGGCACGACAGUGGGCACCGGGUCACCAGGCAUUGGAUCGUCUGGCUCGACAGCGGGCAUCGGGUCACCAGGCAUCAGGUCAUUUGGCUCGCCAGCGGGCACUGCGUCAUCUGGCAAGGCAGUGGGCACCGAGUCACCAGGUACGACAGCGGGCUCUGAGUCAAUUGGCACCGGAUCAGGUACCGGAUCAUCUGGAUCAACAGCGGGCAUUGAGUCAAACUGGCCUAAUAGGAUCGUCAGGCUGGAUCAGUUCAUCAUGCUGGGUAGAGGCAUCAGGCUG